GGGGGUGUGGUCAGGCCUGUGGGAGUUUAGGAGAGAGGGAGGCGGGGAACAGUGGGAGUUUACUCUGAUUUCUCACCUUGUCUACUUCCUGGAAUGAGCACCGGCACACAGCUAUGCAAACAUGAAGAGUCUGGACCUCUUGACACACUGAGUCCGGGGAACUAGCGCUCUCAAGGUAACAAGGUCUGAAGGAUGUCCUUUUGGUGGUGCCUGGCACUGCUGCUGGGAUCUGUUGCAAUAUACAGCGCCCAUGAAUGUGAUGUGUUCACUGAUCUGGACCUCCAUCACUCUAUCAUCGGGACCAGCCUGUAUGUGAAGCUGUUGCUGUACACCAGAGCUAAUCUUAUCUGUGGUCAGGAGCUGUCCCACCACAACCUGUCAGCCCAGCCCCUGUUCAACGUCACCAAACCCACCACCUUUAUCGUUCAUGGCUACCGUCCUACGGGCUCUCCGCCCAUCUGGAUCCAUGACAUCACACAGCAGCUGCUGGCCCGCGGAGACAUGAACGUCCUGUUGGUGGACUGGAACCGCGGAGCUACCAAUGUCAACUACCUGAAAGUUGUGACCUACACACACGAUACAGCAGACAAUCUCACUGCCUUCAUCAGAAAUAUGCAGGAGAAUGGUGCCUCUCUUAGUUCCAUCCAUAUGAUUGGAAUCAGUCUUGGAGCUCACAUCUCAGGCUUUGUUGGAGCCAAAUUCAAUGGAAAAGUUGGGAGGAUCACAGCUCUAGAUCCAGCGGGGCCUAUGUUCACUGGGAACCCCCCAGAGGACCGUCUGGACCCCACAGAUGCACAGUUUGUGGACGUGGUGCACACAGACAUGGACGCAUUUGGGUUCAGGAAGCCUUUGGGCCACAUUGAUUUCUAUCCUAACGGUGGAGCCGACCAGCCUGGCUGUCCAAAGACCAUCUUCUCAGGGUCCAGCUAUUUUAAGUGUGACCACCAGAGAUCAGUGUUCCUCUAUCUGGGCUCCAUUAACCGGACCUGUAACAUCAGGGCCUUCCCAUGCUCUUCCUACACCGAAUUCCUGGACGGACGCUGCAUGGACUGUGAUCAAUUCAAACCUGCCGGAUGCCCAGUCUUUGGAUAUGAUAGCAUUGAGUGGAAGGAUACUCUUGUGCCUCUGAAUCAAACCAGGGCUUUCUUCACCACCAAUAAACAGACUCCAUUCUGCAGGACAAACUACAGGGUGGAUGUUGUAACAUGGAACCACGAUACUCGCUGGGGCUACAUCACCAUCAAACUACACAAUGGUGCUGAGGUGACAGAGGCAACAAUAAACCAUAAAGCAUCCAAGUUUGAGAAGUACUCAGAGACCAGAUUAUUGGCCCAGUUUGAUAAGGACAUACAGAAGGUCUACAAGAUCUCAAUCAAAUUCUCUACAGGGAAAGCAUUACAGCCUAAACUCAAACUACGAGUGCUCCGCAUCCGUCUCACACACCUGGAGCGUAAAGACAGGCCUCUCUGCCGCUAUGACGUCAUCCUGGAGGAGAACAAAGAGUUGUCCUUCAGACCCAUCCCCUGUGAGGAAUCCAACUUCUGAGACAAUAGCAGAUCUACGAUGUACAGAAUCAGCAGCGGCCAUAUGAUGGCUCUCUGGAUAAAUCGUGUGAGGCGGUUGACCCAGAUAGCUACUCACUGUCAACUCCUUGUAUUCAGUGGCUUAAGUCUAGUAGGAGUCCAGAGCAUUUUAUAUAAGUGCGAGUGUGAUGAUUUGUAUUUAUUACAAGACUAUUGAAAAGUACUAUGAUUGUGUCUAUCACUGUGUGGAAUGAUAUCUGUAGAGGAACCAUACUAUAAACCACAAUAUUUUAGGAAUGUCAAUCAAUUGUAAAAAAAAAUAAAAAAAAUAAAAAAAAUGGAAUGAGCCACAUCAAUAGAAAUUAAAAUGUACUUUAAACCACUGUAGACUUAGAACAUGAUUGUUUUAAUUUUUAUUUAAAAAGUAAAAUAAGCAA